AUGUCAGCUUCUCUUAGGCUUUACUCCACCAACCUCAUGGAGGUUGCCAGAUUCGGCAAGAUCUUGAUUGUUCCGUCAGUUGACGAGCCGUUUCACUUUAAACCAAGAUUUAGAGAUUAUAUCGAGAUCAGGUCACAGAUCACCGAUCACAUGCGCCAGGCCGGUCGGCCGCCCACUCAGCGAACAGUCGCUGUCUCCAGCCUCGGUCAGAUUUUGCUUAACUGGCCUCUUGAAGUUUGCCAAAUUUGUCCAGCUUCUGGUCGUUCCGUAGGGCAACGAACCGGUUUACCUCCAGCUCUAGUUGCAUCUUAA